CUCAGUCUCCAUUCGGCUCUCAUUUUGUUCAGUUCGUAAGACCCCGCCGCGCCAGCAAGAACCAGAGGCAGAGACAACGUUAUAUGCCCACCCCCUCGCGCGCUCGCUUCUGGUGGCCCGCGCAGCCUUUCCGUGUCCGUGUCCGCGAUAGUGAGUGUCCCGUGCGUGUUGUGCCUUAUUCGCUUACAUCAUCUGAUGAACCCCUUCCUCCACUCCCUCCCUCCUCCACAGAGGUGGCCGCACAGCGAAAUGGCAACGAGAUUCAAGCAGCUCUAGAAGCGUGCCACAAAAGAUCUGCCACAGAAAAGGACUUCGAACCACAGAACUCUAAACGAAGCGCUAAAGAAAAACUCUCAGCAGCAAAUGCGAAAAUGCGAAAUCACAAAGAAAAUGGAAACCGCCUGACGGUCAGCUCAUCUUCCUCCUCGUCCGCCUCCUCCUCGUGCUCCUCCAGCAGCACGACGGAUCUGAGCAGCAGCGGGAACGGGAACGUAAACAGUCUGCAGCAGCAGCAGCAGCAGUCGGAGAAUAACAAUAAGAUUUCGGUGGUGUCCAAGUUGCUGCUAAAGACCGCUGGCAUUGGUCUUAAGGAUAACUCACAGCCACGCAGGGAUGCCACAACCAACAGCAACUCCAGCAACAACAACUCCAGCAACAACAACAACAGCAAUGCCAGCUUCAGUUCCGCAUCGAUCGCCGGCUCCAUCAUACAGGAUCACCAUCAGCAGCAGCAGCAGCAGCAGCAGCAGCAGCUACAGCUCCACCAGCAGCAGCACCUCCAUCCGCAGCAGCCGCAGCACCCGAUGGACCAGUGUGGCUUGACCCAAGCUGGCUUGGAGGAGUACAACAUUCGAUCGUCCUCGCAGUACUACGACCAGACGGCGUUCCACCAUCAGAAGCAGGCGUCGUACGCCCAGUCCGAGGGCUAUCACAGCUAUGUCUCCAGCUCGGACUCCACAUCGGCCACGCCGUUCCUGGACAAAUUACGUCAGGAGAGCGAUCUGCUGUCGCGGCAGUCACAUCACUGGUCUGAGAACGAUCUCUCCUCGGUCUGCAGCAACUCGGUGGCACCCUCGCCCAUUCCACUGAUGGCACGCCAAUGCAGCAGCAGCAGCAGCAACAGUGGCAGCAGCAACAGCAAUGGACCUGGCUCCCAUCACUCCCACUCCCACUCACAUUCCCAUUCCCAUUCCCAUAGCCAUUCCCAUGGCAACUCCUCCUCUUCCGCCUCGACAGCCAGCUCGAACAACAUCAUCAGCAGCAGCAACACGAGCACCAGCAAUGGGAACAGCAACAACAACAGCUCCGAGAGCACUUCAUCGACGGAAACCCUGAAAUGGCUGGGCUCCAUGAGCGACAUAUCCGAGGCGAGCCAUGCCACGGGCUACAGUGCCAUUGCGGAAUCGGUUUCCUCCUCGCAGCUGAUUGUCCACAGCUCCCGGGUGCUGACCCCCAAGCGACACCACAGCGAGAGCGUGCUCUACCUGCACGACAGUGAUCCCCCAGCGACGACGACGACAGCGACAGCGACAACGACGAUGACGAUGACGUUGACCUCCCCCUCACCCACAGAGAGCUGCUCCUCGCAGCACGUCCAUGGCCAUGCCACACAGGCCUCGGAGGACGGGAGCAGCAGCAGCCACAGCAGCAGCAGCAGCAGCUCGAUGGCAAUGCAACCGCUGCGCGUCCAGCACCGUCACAGUCCCAGCUAUCCGCCCGUGCACACGUCCAUGGCCCUGCACCACUUCCACCAGCAGUCAAGGAUGAGCACACAAAGUUCCUUGCCCGAACUGGAGUCGCCCACGGAUAAGCCUCGCUCCCUGAUGGGCCAAUCCCACUCCACGGGCGACCUCCAGCACAGCCACCAGCACUUGGGCAGUGUAGGCCAACAGCAGCAGCAGCACAAGUCCAGCAUUUCGGUGACCAUAUCCGGAAGUGAGUCCCAGCCGCAGACACAGCCACAGCCACAGCCACAGCUGGCGCUGCCUUCGAGCAAGCAGCAGCUGAUCAAGUCAGACGCCCUCAGCUGCAGUGCACCCAAUGUGGGGGAGCAGUCGGCGGCCCUGGACUCCUCGUAUCGCAGCAACCAUCGCCUGUUCCCGGUCAGCACGUACACGGAGCCGGUGCACAGCAACACCUCGCAGUACGUGCAGCACCCCAAGCCGCAGUUUAGCUCCGGCCUGCACAAGUCCGCCAAACUACCUGUGAUAACGCCAGCUGGAGCGGCUGUCCAGCCCACCUGGCACUCGGUGGCCGAGAGAAUCAACGACUUUGAGCGCAGCCAAAUGAUUGAGCCGCCGAAGUUCGCCUACCUGGAGCCCAGCAAGACCCAUCGCCUGUCGAAUCCCGCGCUGAAGGCGCUGCAGAAGAACGCCGUGCAGUCGUACGUGGAGCGGCAGCAGCUGCAGCAGAAGGAGGAGCAGCAGCUGCUGCGUCCACACUCCCAGUCCUACCAGGCGCUGCACGUGGAGCGCAAGUCGCUGCCGAACAACCUGAGUCCCGUCACGAUGGGCUCCUCGUCGUCGAGUGGCUGCAGCUCGCCCACGCCGCCACCGCCGCCGCCGCGCUCCCGCUCCCUGCUGCCCACGCUUCUGCGGCGCUCCAGCUCCGCCUCGGACUACGCCGAGUUCCGGGAGCUGCACCAGGCGAAGGUGCCGCCGCCGAGCAUACGCAACAUCAGCAGUGCGGAGAAGCUCUCGUUCAACGACUGUGGCAUGCCGCCGCCGCCGCCGCCACCGCGCGGACGCGUGGCCAUGCCCGCGCGGCGCACUUCCUCGGCCACGGAGUACGCCCCGAUGCGGGACAAGCUGCUGCUGCAGCAGGCGGCGGCUCUGGCCCACCAGCAGCACCAUCCGCAGCAGCAUCGCCAUGCCGCGUACCCACUGCAGCCGCAGCCGCAGCCGCAGCAGGCGCCAGAGCGGCCGCCCAAGCAUCCGAAUCUGCGUGUGCCCUCGCCCGAUCUGCCACCGCCGCCGCUCGGGGCGGAGCUAGACACCAGCUACACCUUUGACGAGCCACUGCCACCGCCACCGCCGCCGGAAGUGCUCCAGCCACGCCCACCGCCAUCGCCCAAUCGUCGCAACAGCUUCGCAGGGGCAUCCACGCGUCGCUCAGCCUACGCGCCGCCACCAGCCACAGUUGCAGUUGGAGCCACAGCCACAGCUCGAAGUAUAGUUCCAGCCACCAAGGUGCCUCCCCUUGUGCCCAAGAAGCCAACGAGCUUGCAGCACAAACAUCUCGCCAAUGGAUGCGCCAAUCUGGCGCCCACCAACAAUCGCAAGCGUCCGCAUCACACGCCGCCCCAGCCCAUUCUCGAAAAUAUUAUUGUGGCGCCACAGGUGCCGCCGCCACUGCUGCCGCGUGCACGGCCCACGACAGCGGCCAACGACAACAUUAUUGCCAGCAAUCUGGAGAGCCAUCUGGAGAAGGGAUCAACCUCCAAGGCAAAGUAUCUGCCGCGCCAGAGCCAUGAUAAGCUGAACAACACGGACCCGGACCAUGGCAUCUACAAGCUGACGCUCACCUCCAACGAGGAUCUGGUGGCGCACUCAAAGCCCAGCUAUGCGGUGAGUGGCGGCAAGCUGCCCAACAACCUCCCCGAUGUCCUGCCACUGGGCGUGAAGCUGCAGCAGCAGCCGACAAAGCCACAGCCAGGCUCCCCCAACGGAGAGGGCAACGUGACGCUGCGGUACGGCUCCAACAAUAACCUCGCAACGAAGUCGCCCACGAAUGCCGCCCCUCACUACACCAUGAUCUAUGGUCAGGCCAUGGCCGGGCAUGGGGGCCAGCGAUACUCCACGCCGCCACUGGGACACGGCUACGGGAAGGCGACGCCGCCCCAGCACUACACGAGAUCUCAGUCGUACGACGUGAAGCAGACAUCCGUCCUGCUGCCCGCACAGCAAAAACAUCUCAUGACCCAGUCGCAUGUGGACCUCAAGCAAGCCGUCCAUGACCUCGAGACGACGCUGGAGGAGGCGAUGCUGCCACCGCCAACGCCCACGGCCACACCCACCGACACACCGACCCCAACACCGCCGAGACUCUCGCCGGCCACUUCCAACUCGGACUGCAGCCUGAGCUCGCACAACAGUUCGCUGGAGUGCAGCAUAAUUCCUAUCAAAACGAAUGCGAACACGGUUCCUACACCCGAGGCGCACAUCUUCCGCGCCGAGGUGAUCAGCACCACCCUGACGAACGCACCCAAGCCGGCGAUGAACCGCCAGGAAUCUCUGCGGGAGAACAUCGAGAAGAUCACGCAGCUGCAGUCGCAGCUCAUGUCCGCGCACCUCUGCGACUCUGGCCUGCUGGCUGGCUACACCGGCGCAAAGUUGGCCAAUCACAGUCCCAGUCCCAGCACAGAGCUCGCGCUGUCGCUGCAGCCACCGCCCAGUCCGCCCAGUCCACCGCCCGUCGAGGAGCAACCAAUCGAAGUGCAGGCUGCGGCCAUCGAAGGUCUGCAGCUGAUGCAGCGCAGCGAACUCGUGCUGAUGGUCAGUGCCAAGCCCAGCACCACGGACAUGGCCUGCCAAACGGAUGAGCUGGCGGACAGGGACACCGAUCUGGUGGCGGGACGGGAGGAGCAGCAGACUCGGACCACACUGCAGCCGCGCCAGCGUCAGGCCAUUGAGCUGGACUACGAGAACCUGAGCAGCGAGCUGCUGAAGCUGCUGGCGCCCAACGACAAGCUCGUCGACAUCCUCACACCAAAGAGCUGCAAGCCCACCUCCCACUACGUCAGCAAUCUGUACAAUCCGAAUGUGCCGCUGCGCCUGGCCAAGCGGGACGUGGGCACCUCAACCCUGAUGCGCAUGAAGGCGGCCACCGCUGCGCCAGAGACCACCAAGGUGGUCAGCGUGGAGCUGCAGCUCGGCGAUGCGAGUUGCGAGGGAGCGAAUGUCAUCAAACAGAAGCUGGAUGAGCUGAUCAAACGGUUGAACCAAAAAAUUGGCGCCCUCAAGCAUGAGCAGCAAACCAUUGGCGAGGAGUGCGCGACGAACGACAAACUGGGCCAUGAAUUGUUUGCCAAGCUGGCGGAGAGUGUGCGCCCCAGCCAGGCGUCCAAGUUCCGGACCUACAUCGACGAUGUGGGCCACAUCACAAGUCUGCUGCUGUCCCUCUCCGAGCGUCUCUCCCAUACAGAAUGCAGUCUGGAAACGCGUCAGCAGGAUAAGAGCGUGCUGGAAUCGAAGCGGACGCGACUGUAUGAGCAGCUGGAGGAGGCGCAGCGCCUCAAGGCGGACAUCGAUCGACGCGGCAGCAGCAUUGCCGGCCUCCUGGGCAAACAUCUCAGCGCUGAUCUGUGCGCAGACUACGAUUACUUUAUCAACAUGAAGGCCAAGCUGAUUGCCGAUGCACGCGACCUGGCCGACAGGAUCAAGGGCGGAGAGGAGCAGCUGGGCGCCCUCACCGAUGCGCUAGUCCAAAGCGAUUGCUAAGUUUGCAGACUGCCUGCCCCUCAGCAGACUGCCGGCCAAUUUUCCCAGCUGUCAACUCAAAGUUGAGAGCCGCACGAGAGAAUUAUCCAGCCGUCCGCAAUGUGUAUUAGUUUAAAAAGAUGUGCUUCAUUUCAACGCCCACACUAUAAUGAUUUAAUUGUAUGUUCAUUUGUGAUUUUCAACUAGCUUGUAGGUUAAUUAUUCUAUGUAUCGGUCGCCGCCUAAGCGUAAGCAUUUUUUACAUAAUUAUCAAAGCAAAGAUAAACAUUAUGCAUUAAUAAAA